AUGUGUGGAAAAGAAAUAUGGGAUUCUCUUUCUCAAGUUGAACAUUUGUCAGAUGGGACUAUAAGUGAGGUGUAUGUAGGGGUGAAUAAAAGAAACAACAUUGCGUACGUUGUAAAGAUUCAAGAAACUAGGUUUAAACGUCCACCACAUGAUGCGAUACGCGGAAGAAAUAUCUUGAAGGAUUUAAAGCAUCCACACAUUCAGCGUCUGCUUGGGUCAUUUUCCGAGCCUUCUACUUCCUGUUUACAUUUGAUUACGGAAUACAAGCCCUUUGUGCUUUCUGAAAUUUCAAACAAAUUGCCCAAAAAUGUUAAAAUUAACAUCGUUUCUCAGCUCGCUGAUGCACUUCAGUACCUCGAGAACAAUGGAAUUUUACACAGGGAUAUACACCCAAAUAAUGUUUUGCUAGCUUCUGAAGAAGGACCAGCUUAUCUCACAGAUUUCAGCAUUGCCUGGUCAGAAGAGUAUCCUGGCGACGAAAAGGAAGAACUAAUAUCCCAGAUCGGAACUGGUCACUAUAGAGCAAUCGAAACUUUGUUUGGCUGCCGAACAUAUCGGCAUGAAGUGGAUCGCUGGUCUUUCGGCGUUCUUAUUGCAGAGCUAUUCGCAGACGCUCCUCUAUUUGAUGACGGAAGUUCGGAGGGUUGGCCUAGUGAGUUACGACUUAUCAGUAAUAUAUUUCAAACACUUGGCACUCCGAAUGUUGAGAUGUGGCCGGAGCUUGCAAAUUGCCCUGAUUGGAAUAAAUUCAUCUUUCACGAAUAUCCACCAAAGCCAUGGGAAAAUAUUUUGCCGAAUACUGAUUCAACUGUCCGUAAAGUGGUUUCUAAGCUUGUUAACUAUCCAAAUCGAGCUUCUCCAGCUUAUGUUAUAGACAAUAUUCAUUUUUAG